AUGUAUAUUUAUUAUUGUUUGGCAACACCACAAUUGCUAAUGAAUUCCGUGAUUACGACAUUUCUCAACGAGAAAUUUUAGAAUCUAGUUGGACUUCCUCGCGUAAAGGCUUAUUUAUUUUAUUCUAGUGCUACUUGGAAUUUUUCUAUUACCUGUUUUGAGUGGCAGCAAACUGUGCGGUUUCUGCGCGCGCGAGAGAAAAAGAAGAAAGUGGAGCAAUAUCCAAAUAAUCGCAAAAAUAUAAACAGCUGUUGCUCUUUCGCGAUUACUGUGCAAGCAGACAAUAAAGUACCAUCAUCGAAAGUGCUUCACUGUUUAAACAGUUUGAGAUAAACUAGAUCAGAAGUUUUUUAAAUCACACGCAAGCAGAAUGGCUGACAUAAACGAAUUACUGGGAUCAUCAUUUGUGCGGGUUAAGCUGGUCGCUUUCGUGCACUUCUUCUUCAUCACAAAUGCUAUGCUCGGUACCUGGGGCCAUGGAGCUUAUGAGUUUUACAAUUUCCUAUUUAUUAUUGCCAUGUUCUGGACAAUGCACUGCAAGGAAUCCAUUGAAGCAGCACAAGUGGCACUCGUCAUCAAUGUUUCAAGCAUAUUCUUUGAUCUAAUAUGCAUUAUAGUCUACUUUGAUUUCAUGAAUGGUUGGGCAGUCGCUUUCUCUAUCAUCAAUUUAGUACUACGACCAAUAACUAUCAUAUUACUGUAUCGUGAGUUCAAUUCCCGCGGCGGCAGCCUACAAACCGGUUCGGUCUUCCCCACCACACAACAGCGCACCUAUCAGGACAUCGAUCGGCCAACACAACCAACGCCCACAAACUCGCAGCCUGGUCCAAAUGUCGCUAGUAUUUUCUAAACGAAUUGUUAACAUUGGAGGGUCGCUGAUACAUUUCAGCAAAAAAGCUGAAAAACUUUGGCAUAAUUCAGUUAAUUUGAUAUUUACUAUAUGAAAAGUGAAAACAACAAAAAAGUUUGUGUAAUAUUGUAAAAUCUGAAUACUUCCAUGUAAAAAAAUUUCUAACAUUUCCUUAUACAUGUGAGUGCAUGCAUGUUUGUAUGUAAGGGUAUAUGUAUAUACUAUGGUCGAUUAUAGAAAAUAUUACCUUGGAAGGGCUCGAAUUCGUAAGAUAUUGAAUUGAAAUGGUAUGUGGAAUUGAGUAUAUGUAAAAAUAAUGUUUCAUAAUAUUUUCGUUGAUCAAAAACAAAUUGUGUAACCGUUUUAUAUUGUAUACCUACAAAAAAAAAAACGUAAAAAAAUUAGUAAAAUAAUCACUUUUUAGUUUAUAUGUGUAAGUCAUGCUGUUUUAUAUCAAAUAUUAAUAUGUGUAGGGUUUAACUGUUGCAAUAAAAUUAUAUUUCCUUAUUGCACUAGGUUUUGUAAAAUUAGAAAACGAAUGCAACUAUUUUUGAUUUAAUAUGUCGAAUUUUAUUUAAACUAGAUUUAGCAACACAUAAAUGAAAAGAAAUUUGCACAUUUUUAGGCGCACAAUUAUUUAAAGAGUGUUUCUGAGCCAGACUGUAUCUCGCAGUCUCACUAAAUUUUAACUCUUUAUGUUAUUACAUGCACGUUUUGGGGUGUUUAGAUAAUAUCUUUAUUUAAUAAAGUUACUUUACUUUAAUUCCUUGUAUCAACAUCCGUAAAAUGCCCCACAACAAUCAACCAUUAACACCCAUUUUAAGGUAUGACCAUCGUUAAACACGGAGUUGGAAAUUGAUGAAUAAACAACGGUCGUGUUGCUGAUCGAAA